AUGGACAUAUUAGAGCCCUUCUAUAAAGACAGCACAAAAAUAUUAGAGCCUGAAAAUGAAGAAUUAGACAAAGGGUAUCUCUUUUUAGGCAACAUCAAAUCGGCCUAACCCUACAAUCUAGGACCUAAAAAAAUUAAUGCUGUUCUGACUGUAACUAAAGAAUCGAAAGUUGUUUAUGAAAAUCCAAACAUUAAACAUUUGAAAUUGGAUGUGGAAGAUAUUGAAAAUCAAGAUUUAGCAUAAUUUUUUGAUUAGUGUCUUACAUUUAUAGAUGAAAAUUUAUAAAAUGGCAAUGUUUUAGUUCACUGCAUGGCUGGAGUCUCUAGAUCUGCCUCUAUUGUAAUAGCCUAUAUUAUGAAAACUAAAAAAUUAUCUUUUAGAGAUGCCUUCUAAUUUGUCAAAACAAAAAGAACCAUUGUUUGGCCUAAUGAUGGCUUUAUUGAACAAUUAAAAAAGUUUGAAAUACAUUUAAAUGAUAAUAAAUGA